AUGGAUAGCGGAGGAAUCAGAAAAAGAAAAGAUGCAAAAGACAACACAGUAAACAUGCAAGGUGGGAUGAAUUUCCCAUCAAAUGAAGCCGCGGCAAAUAGUGCAAACUGGAACAGCGGCAGUGUGACAAGAGGGAAAAAUGAACAUUGGGAUUCGAAGAGAAAUCAAUUAGGGUUUUCCUCAAAUGUGGGUUCAAGCGCCAGGAGGGACUCAUCAAGCGAUAAUUCUAAAUCUGACAAAAAGAAAUCUGUAGGCAUAUUCAACAGUACGAACAUUAGUGCUAUAUCAAAUAACUGUAUGAAGUCGUUUAACAAUAUGUUGAAUAAUAUUAACUACAACAUAAACAGCUCCGUAGGCCAUGGCAUUGGUGGAGGAGGCCACUUCAAUAAUAGACCAGGGGCCUCAGCGGAUACCACCUUCUACGAAAAUCAGUUUAAAAAUCUGAACAUCGCUAAAGGGAUAAGUUACCUAAGCAAUAUUGCCAACCCACAGAAUACAUUUUCCUCCGAUAGUAGGAAUAUGCCAGACAACAAAAGCAACUUUAACUUUUUCCGUGAGUACGAAAAUAACCUAGCACAGAAAAGGGAUAAUAAUACAAGUGGCACAAAUCAGUACAGUAAUUCCUCACAGGGGAAUUAUGCCAAUGCCAGUAGAACAAAUGUGACGAGGCCAACAAAUAAAGGCAUAGUUAAUAGCCAAAAUAUUGAAAGCUUUUUAAAUAAUAAAGGAAUUCAAAAUCCAAAUUAUAACAUCACAGGAUUUGGAAAUAAUUACACAAGUGAAAUAAAUAACUUAAGAAAUAUAAAUAAUGAUGAGACGUAUUGUACAUGUCUUGAUAACCUCCUACGAAAUCAUGGAAAUAUUGAUUCAAAUGAAAUGUUAAAAUAUAAUGAUAAAAAUAUUAAUUGCUUAAACGAUAUAAUAUUCUUAGAUGUCUACAGAGCAUAUAACGUUUUAACUUAUAUGCAAGAAAAAGUUAACAUUAUAAUUUACACCAUAAAAAUAAUUGGCAAAAAAUUAAAAAAAAAACAUGUCCCAGAGGAAGUAGUAAUUUCUUUAGAGUUCCUAAAUUUCUGUGUCAAGAAUUUAGGCCUUUUUUUUGUUCGAUUUCUAGAUGAAAGUUUUAUGAAAAAAAUAAGUGCUCUCUUAAAAACAACAACUUUGAAAAAGUCAAUUACGAAAGAUGUCAAGUCCAAGUUAUCAAAAUUUCUCAUCGUCCCAAUUAUACACCCAGGAGUAGCAACAGAUCCAAGACUCCAUUUUAUAAAGAGAAAAAUACUCUUCAUGUUACAAUUAUGGCAUGAUUCCUUUAUCCUCCAUCAACAUGUAGCUGCUGCUGUUUUUGAUGAAUAUAAAUCCUUGAAGGAAAAAGGAAUUACCUUCCCCAUUAUUAAUAAGGCUGAAAAAUUUUAUGUCAAAAAUGCAGACACCUCACCAUCCUUCUCCGACGAUAAUAUACUUCACGAAUUGCCUCUCAACUUGCCACAAAUUAAUAAUAUCAUGAAAUGUUUAAAAGAAAUUAAACACAUGAAUAAUGAUGAGGAAAAGUCAAAAUGCAUUACAGUCGUUGCUAAGUAUAAAGAUCUUGUCUUCCAAAGUAUUAAUAAAUUGUCCGACUACAAGGGCAAUGUCAACAUUUCUGUUACGCUAAAUUCACUUCUCUACAUCAAUGACCAGAUAUGUAUUUUUGAAAAAUGGGAAAAGGAGCGAGAAAACGCGGACGGAAGCGAAAAUGGGUUUAAGUCCACCCCGAGGGGCAAGACAACCGAAGAGGAAACAGAAAAACUCAAGCAAAAGGGUAAGAAAAAGAAAAACAAAAAGAAGGAAAAUUUGGACCAAUCAAAUAUGAACGAAAUUAUUUUUAACAAAUACGACCCAUGGAAUACAGAAAAGAAGGAAGAUAAAAAUCAAGCGGAACAAGAAAAAGAUAUCUUUUUCAACGAACCGGUGGAAAAAUUUACCAGCGCCCCUUCUGCCAAUUUUAUGAACAAAGAGGUAGCAACCCCAUUUAACGGUAAAAAAGGUGCCCCUUACGACAGUGAAAAUAUGUUUUCAUUUUUUGGUGAGGAAUCCAUCAAACCGGAGGAAGGAAAAACUACACCUAAAAAGGAUAACGAGCUGGAGGACGACAAAUAUAGCUUUUUCAACGAACUCCACUUUAGUAAUGAUUCUGCUCAUCAGCCAAGUCAAAACAUUCAACCGGGUCUGGGUAGCCUUAACGUCACUUCCCAAACCACAGCGCAGAAACCAUCGAAUCAACUGCCCCCCCUUCAUUUGGCGCAACAGGAUGGUAACUCACCCAACAAUAGAACAAAUCGAAAUAACAAUUUUGAUAGUGGCCAAGGUAAGAAUAAUUUAUCACCAAAGGGACAGGGACAAAAUUCAAAUAUCCAUUCAAACACAUCCAAUGGCCUUCCCCCCCAUGGCUACAAUUUCCCAUUACACAAAAAUGAGAGACAGGAAGUAGUUUCCAUUCCUGGGAUGACAAACCCCUCGCCCAUUAUUCAUAUAUUAACAAGUGAACCACACGAAGAAAACUUCCAAGUAAACUUAACAAACGACAGUUUCGACUUAACACAAAUUGAAAUUUCUAACCACUCAUACUUCAGUGAGAAAAGUAAAAACCUACACGGAGGAUUUAGUGGUGACUCUCUCACUAAUGACACAAAUGUGACCUCUGCCAAUAUACAAAAUGGUACUGUAGUAAAAGCUAGUAACAUAAACGACCUUGCCAGUCGAAAUAAUUCACAGAGAGGGGGGAACAAAGGCAUUAUGUCCAUGGAUAGCGUCCCCCCUUUUAAUGCAAUCAAUUUUGAUAAUAUAAUUGAUUCUGUAGGAAGUAACCAAAAUGCGUUUAAGCAAAAUGAACCGAAAAUUACUGCGCAGAGGAACAUCACCAAGGAGGAAGCUCUUACCAGCGAAAAGGCAAAUGAAGCUAACUUUGAUUAUUUAUUCGAAACGUUUGAUUUUGCCCCAUCGGAUAAUAACAGUGCUGAGGCGAACGUGAAAAUGAAUGCAAGUGCCGUUGCUCAAAAACAGAACAAUUUGAAAACCCCGCCCGAUGUAGCACCAAGCGAAGCGAAUAAACAAAUAAAUGCAAAGGGUAUGUGCGAGAUGCCAAUCGAAAAUGUGCAUGGAGGAACAUCUGACAUGGUGCUGGACCAAGUGAACAAGGAAGCCACAAGUAUGAACGCAAAGCACAACCCAGUCAGUCACAACACAGUAAAUAAGGAUGACUUGUACAGCCACCUAGACCACCUGACCCCCGUCAGUAGCGUCAAUGAUGAAUCGAUCAGCGGAGAUGAUAAAAUUUCAUUCCACAAACACAAAAGUAAUAGUGACAGCCCAAAUAAUACUUCGUAUUUGGAGGAAGAAAUUCCAAAAAAGGGUUUUCAGAAGGGUGGGAAAGUUGGUCAAAGCAAGGAGGAACAACACGUUCAAGAGAAGCACCCAGGCAGCACCCUCAUAGCUGAGGAAAAAGAAAACGAAAAGAAUAAAAAGGAAGACAUCUCCGAUGAGGUAAGCAACUCCGAUUCCAAUGAUAUAAACUUUGACGAGAUCGACGAAAUAACGAAAGCAAUAGAUGACCUCAACGAUAACUUUGAACAUAUGAAUAUAUAUAAAUAUGAUAAUUAA